UCGCUCGGAUUUGAAGCAGAAAAUGGCGAAAUUUACGCGACAAUCUCGCUGGGGAGAGAGCAACAUAGCUGGUAUGUACGACCUGGAAGAACGCUUAGGAUCUGGACAUUUCGCUGAAGUGAAACUAGCUAGACAUGUAUUUACAGGAGAAAGAGUGGCUGUUAAAGUUAUUGAUAAGUUAAAACUUGAUGAAACAGCAAAGCAACAUUUGUAUCAAGAAGUUCGCUGUAUGAAACUUGUACAACAUCCGAAUAUUGUACGUUUGUAUGAGGUUAUUGACACAAAAAGCAAGUUAUAUCUCGUUCAGGAAUUGGGUGACGGUGGAGAUAUGUAUGAUUAUAUCAUGAAACACGAAGGUGGACUGUCAGAAGAAAAAGCAAGGCGUUAUUUUCGUCAAAUAUUACAAGCUAUAGAUUAUUGUCAUAAACUUUUUGUCGUACAUAGAGAUUUAAAACCUGAAAACGUCAUUUUUUUUAAGAAGCAUGAUAUAGCAAAGCUUACUGACUUUGGAUUUUCUAAUAUAUUUAUGCCGGGUACAAAAUUACAGACUUCUUGUGGCUCUUUAGCUUACUCCGCACCAGAAAUUUUACUUGGAGACUCGUAUGAUGCUCCUGCUGUUGAUGUUUGGAGUCUUGGAGUAAUUUUGUACAUGAUGGUUAUUGGAAAGGCGCCAUUCUAUGAGGCAAAUGAAAGUGAAACACUGACAAUGAUUUUAGAUUGUAAAUUUCAUAUUCCAGACCAUGUGUCCCCAGAUUGUCAAAGCCUCAUUUCUAGAAUGAUUGUGCGUGAUGUUUCCAAGAGGGCAUCCCUUGAGGAAAUUAUUGGUGAUUCUUGGGUCCAUGGGAAUAAUGGCCCAGUCACUGUCACUUCCAUUCCUUUGUCUAAACAAGUAACAUUAGCUGCAGAUCAACAUAAUGAGAUUGUGGAAAAAAUGAAGCUUGGAAACAUAGCCGAUGAUGAUUUAAUCACACAGUGUUUAGAAUCAGGUUCAUAUAAUCAUAUUUCUGCAACAUAUUACUUAUUGGCUGAGCAAGUCUUGAGACAUUGGCACAAAACAAGACAAUCCCCUUCUCAGUUAUCCAAUGAGGAAAAAUGCAGAAAGGCAAUGGUUUUGAAAAGGCAAAGUCUGCCACAAGUAAGUAUUUCUAAUGACAUUAAGGCCGACAUAAAGUCAGUUCAAGAUCUUCCUGUGAAUGAUGAAAAUGAGGAUAUUGAUUUAAAUCUUAUUACAAGUAAACUACGAUAUCAUUCAAGUGAAUCUAUAUAUGAUGACGUUAAAAAUUCUGAAGUAGAUAAAUCAUGUGAAGACAAUGUAGUUUCAAUAUCUCUCCCAAUGAACAAGAGAAAACCAUUUCAAAAGAGACGUGUAGCUAAAGUAAAGAGUACUCCAGCAUUUUUAAAUCAAAUAUCGGAGGAAAGAGACUCGGAUUUAGACGAUAGUCCUCGUGCCUCACCUCGUUUACGUCGAUCGUCCCGUCGACCAUUAAAUCAAGUAAUGACACGUCGUACAUCGCCAGCACAAUCUGUGAUAGGAAGACAAUCAUCAAGUCAUAGUAGCAGUUCUGAAGAUGAUGCCGGUGAUCUUGAUAAGAAAAUGAGAAGAUUAACUACUGAAAAGUCGUCAAGAAGAUCCCCUAAACGACGAAGUGAUGAUGAGGAUGACGAGAGAACAUGUGAGGAUAACAAAAGUGUAAUGUGUUAA